AUGAAACGGUUCCUCUCUGGUGGGAACCAGGAGCCUCAGAGAGCCCACCUCGGUCUGCGGCCUCCAGCUUUUACUGCUCAGCAAACACAACGGGGACAAGAUGGUCCACGCCACACAUGUGGAAACCCAGAAACUGCAGAGCUGGAAUCAAAACCGUCUGUGCAGGAAAAGCUUGGAGAAGUCUGUGCCAGCUUCACCACAGAGGAAACCCAGAGAGGAGCGAGAGGAGCGGGAGGAGGAGAUGAAGAGGAGAUGAGGAGAGGAAGGAAAACCAGGAUCUGCUGUCUGAAGGACAAGACCAGGAAACAGGAGAAGACCAGAGUCCAGAAUCUGUGUCCCUGUUUCUGGGCUCCUUUAAAACAGAUGGAGAGAGACCCUCAUGAUGGACCUGCAGGAUCUCUGAACUCAGACCUGGAGCUGGGGUUCAGGUCCUGA